AUGGAUGAAAAUACAUCUUCUCCUCUACAUAAAAAAGUAAUUUUUUCCGAACCUCCUUCCACUAUUUCCUUUGAACCAAAUACACCCACAACUACCUCGUCCACGGCUGUGAAAGGAAAUGGUCAAUUAAAAUCGCGGAAAACUAUUCAAGUUGGUAGUAGUAGUUGUAAUCAUAAUAACUACUAUCGUCGGCGAGGUGUUAGUCUUGACAGUUAUACUUACUAUCAUCAUCAUCCAAUAUCUAACAUUUAUGACCGGAAUGAUAAUAAUUAUGAAUGUUUUUGUCACGCUUAUGGACCUCAAUCACCUCAGUCAUUAAAACCACCUUUGCCAUUCAAUAAAAAAACACCAAUCCGACCACAAUCUCCUAGAUAUCCAAUCUAUGGUUAUUCAACAAGUUCUGACGAUAUGCUAUAUCCUUCUUCAAGUACAAAACUUUAUCCUGAUUCAAAUAUGAGUAUUGGUAGUAAGGAGGAUGAUGAAAAGAAUAAGGAUUCGGAAAUUUUAGAAUCUGGCAAAGACAUUACUAAAAAAUUCUUUUUCAAUAUUGAAACAUGGAACGAAACAAUUUAUCAUAAGAACAAUUAA